ACAAUUUAUUGUGUUCUCGUUUGUUCAAUAAAUGAGUGCAAAUGCAAGUGUGAAAUUGUGCACGAAGUAUUUACUUGCAUACUUACUUAUCUGAAUGUCAUCGUCGGGUCAGUUGGCUGUUUGCUUUAGGCAAACAUUGUUUAGCACUGGCAUUGGCAUUGACAUUGUCGUUAAAUGCUAAUUUCGUCACUUGGGACUCCGGCAGCCUGACUCAGUGGUGUCCAGCAGGGGCACAGGCAGGUCUUUACAGUGGAAAAUAAUUCAAAUCGAAUAAUUACAGCAGAAACCAACAACGAGAGCUGUGUUUAGCUGCGUAGGAGUUAUAAUGAGGCUGCAAUUAACAUUUGCUUUAGGCAAAGUAUUCUGAGAUUAGGUUUCAAGUGAAAAACCUGCAAUUAAGCCAACAAACUUUGCUUACCAAAAUUUGAGCCACAAAAUGGACUUUGGCAGCCUGACUUGGCACAGGCGUGGCAUGGACUUUGAGCGCUCCAUGUUGAACGACGAACGAUUGUAUUACAUAGCGGCACAGGAUCCAUUGCUGCGCAAUGAGGAUGACUACCAAGAUGCGACUGCCUCGCUAAUGUACAAUGGCAGCUCCACGGAGCUACCAAUGCCUGAUGAGGAUGCCGCAUACACAACAACAUCAUCACCCACCAUGGAACGCUUCAAUGUGACGGUCUUGCUGAACUUCAGCUGCACUGAUGUGGAAUCGCAUUCAGAUGAUCUGUGGUCCAGCGUUUACUUCAAGAGCGUCGUCUACCUGCUCUACAUACCCAUCUUCAUCUUUGCUCUGCUGGGCAACGGCAUCGUUUGCUACAUUGUACAGUCCACGCCACGCAUGCGAACCGUUACCAACUAUUUUAUAGCCAAUUUGGCGCUUGGCGACAUUCUCAUGUCUUUGUUCUGUGUGCCAUCCUCGUUCAUCUCGCAAUAUAUCCUUAACUACUGGCCAUUUGGCAUUGUCCUCUGCCACUUUGUCAACUAUUCGCAAGUGGUUUCCGUUCUGGUCAGCGCCUACACUUUGGUGGCCAUCAGUAUUGAUCGAUAUAUAGCCAUAAUGUGGCCACUGCGGCCCCGCAUCACAAAGCGCUAUGCUAAAUUUAUUAUAGCUGGCGUUUGGUUUAUUGCUCUGGCGACUGCAUUUCCUAUACCGGUCGUCUCCCGCCUCGUGGUGCCCGGCUCGAUAUGGCACGAGAAGUGCGAGAAAUACAUUUGCCGAGAGGUUUGGCCCUCGGGUGAGCAGGAUUACUACUACACGCUGGCGCUGUUCACGCUGCAGUUCAUCUUGCCACUGCUGGUGCUCAUAUUCACCUACACGCGCAUCGCCAUCGCCGUCUGGGGCAAGAGGCCGCCGGGCGAGGCGGAGAACUCGAGAGACCAGCGCAUGGCGCGCUCCAAGCGCAAGAUGAUUAAAAUGAUGCUGACGGUUGUAAUUGUAUUCACCAGCUGCUGGCUGCCAUUCAACAUACUACAGCUGAUGCUGAACGAUGUCGAGUUUGCCAACUGGAAACCGUUGCCCUAUGUGUGGUUCGCCUUUCACUGGCUGGCCAUGUCGCACAGCUGCUACAAUCCCAUCAUCUACUGCUAUAUGAAUGCUCGAUUCCGUGGCGGUUUCCUACAGAUUAUGUACCGUGUGCCCGGCUUGCGGCGCUGCUGCUGCUUGCAUCGAUAUUUGCGCAGUCGCGGCGAGCGCAGCUAUGAAGCAACCGGAACCGAAGAUGCAUUCCACCUACAUCGUGUGAACACCUGCACCACCUACAUCAGCACAAGACGAAAGCUUCGUGCGAAUUCUAUGCAAACGAGCCAAUUUUCAUGUGCCGAGACCACUGUCUUGCGGUAGCUUCCGGUACCACGCAUGACGCAGAGAAGGAACUCCGGCUCCAGCCGCGGAAUGCCGCAGGUUCGUUUCAAGUCGAUGGCACCAGCUACUUGAGCUCCACACAAUUUUAAAGGCGUUAGAACCAAAAAUCUGCUGAAUCUCCAUUGAUAGGCAUAAAUUGUUAAAUGUCUAUAUAUAUAGUAAGUGUAUUAUUGUAAAUGUCGACUCAAUGUGUAUAUGAAUUAAAUGUAUAUUAAAUUAAUCCAUUAUAUUGUGUAUAGAAAUAUG